AUGGGGUGCGGGGUGGAGAGGGAGAGCAGCAGCCGAGGGGACCCCAAGGAGGGGCUGUGUCCCUGUCCUGCGUCCCCAGCUCCCUAUGGGAGUGUGGAGCCCCCCGGGGUGACGGGCUGCAUCCCCCUCUGGGGACUCGUUGCAGCUGACUUGACUAUGGCGUCUGAAAAGAAGGCCACAAAACCCGAUGUGCUGAAGGCUAAAGAAGAGCAGCAAGCGAGCGCCGUUGACAGGGUGACCAGCUUGCCCCUGCUGAGCUCUGCCUUCAGCCUGGUCUCCUCUGCCUACAACCACGGCAAGGAGACGCACCCGUGCCUGGGCAGCGCCUGCAGCGUGGCCGAGACGGUGGCCGCCGUGGCCGUGGGCAGCGUGGUCGGCGGGGCGCAGCCCAACCUCAACCAGCUGGAGCCGCACAUUGCACUCGUAAAUGAAUAUGCCUGUAAGGGACUGGAUCAACUGGAGGAGACCUUGCCUUUCCUUCAACAGCCAGCAGACAAGGUCAUCUCGGACACCAAGCAGCUGGUUUCUUCCAAAGUGGUCUCUGCUAUGGAUGCUGCCUGUGGGGCCAAAGAAGCCAUGGCUGAUAGAGUGACGGAAGCCGUGGACCUCACCAAGAGCGUUGUUGGGGACGGCGUUAAGCUGACCAGGUCAAUGGUCACCUCCACUGUCACCAGUGCCGUGGAGGCUGCUCAGGGCGCAAAGGACCUCGUGACUAACAAGGUGACCGAAGCGGUGGACCUCAGCAAACACAUCGUGGAGGACAGCAUUGGCCUGACCAAGUCAGCAGUUGCUUCUACUAUAGUCAAUGCUGUGGAGGCCGCUCAGGAUGCAAAAGGUCUUCUGUCUAACAAGGUGAUGGAAGCAGUGGGCCUCACUAAACACAUCGUGGAGGACAGCGUUGGCCUGACCAAAUCGGCAGUUGCUUCUACUAUAGUCAAUGCUGUGGAGGCUGCUCAGGGUGCAAAGGACCUUGUGACUGACAAGGUGACCGAAGCGGUGGACCUCACUAAACACAUCGUGGAGGACAGCGUUGGCCUGACCAAGUCAGCAGUUGCUUCUACUAUUACUGCUGCUGUAGGGGCUGCUCAGGGUGCAAAGGAGCUCGUGACUAACAAGGUGACCGAAGCGGUGGAUCUGACCAAAGAGGCUGUUCAGGAUGGCAUUGAGAAGACUAAAUCAAUGGUCACUUCCACAGUCACUACAGCUCUGGAUGCUGCAUAUGGCACCAUAAGCAGCAAAGUGCAAACGGCCCUGGAGCACAGCAGAGAGGCCAUCCAGGAGAGCGUGGAGAUCACAAACUUGCCCAUGACAGAGGAGGAACUGGGUCAGCUGGCCGCCGCCGCGGGCUCCGACGUGGCCUCCGUGCAGGAGCAGAGGGAGCAGCAGGGCUACUUCGUGCGCCUGGGGGCCCUGCCCGCCGCCGUCCGCCCCGGCGCCUACCGGCACUCGCUCAACAAGCUGCAGCACGUCGGGCGCAGCGCCCAGGACACCCUGUCCCAGCUGCAGCGGGCGAUAAACCUGAUUGAAUGUGUGAAAAACGAGGUUGGCCAGAAGCUUCUGGAUGGGCAGGAGAAACUCUAUCAGCUGUGGGUAGACUGGAGCCUGACCCAGCCCAAGGGACAUCAAAUUAAAACUGCCUCCCAAGCAGAGCAGGUAGAGCCCCGGACCCUGGCCAUGCUGCGGAUCAUCACCCAGCAGCUCCAGCCUGCGUACGAGAACCUCAAAGCCGCCAUCCACGGCCUGCCCGGCACCAUGCAGGCGGCUGUGCAUCAAGCCACCCAAAACAUCCAGAAGCUCCAUGCGGAUUUUUCCAGGGCUAAGUCCUUCCAGGACCUCUCCAGCAGCACCCUGAGCCAGAGCCAGGACACUGUGAGGGAAGCCCAAAGGUCCCUCGAGGAGCUGCUGGAAUUCGUGACUCAGAACGUGCCUCUGAACUGGCUCGUGGGGCCCUUCCAGGCCCAAAAGAGGUGUAGGGUGAUGACUGACCUGAAAUCACCCGCUUCAGAACAGGGUCCAUCCCCGCAGGAGGCAGCUCAAGGACCUGAGGAAGCAAAGGGGGCAGAAAGGGCCCUAGGGGUAGGGUCAGAAGUGCUAGAGGAGUUGGAGAAGAAGAUAGAGAAAUACACACAAAAGAUGCCUCCAUCCCGGGGUUUGGCCCCGUCCAUGCGAUUCCCAGCUCCAGGCUCCGCGCUGGAUGCGGAGCCGCGUUCCCACCCCGCGCCGAUGCCCAACUCGACGCUCUGGGGCCGGGCGAGCGCGUUGGGCGCCAACCACGACCCCGGGGAGGCCGAGAGCCUCCGGCCCCGGAGGCUCAGUCGCUGCCAGCGCAUCCUCAGGGAGCCUCUUCUCUGCUGCCGGAGGCCCCGGCCUCCCUCGCGCCACGGACGUCUCCGCUUGACUUCCCUGCGGCCGGGGGCUUCGGUUCCUCUGGCCGGUUCUUCAGCACAGACCGUUCCUGGUUCCGAGAUGAGCCCCUGA